CCGAACAAACCGUUUGGCUGUUCUGGCCGGUCUGGCCAAACGAUGCGGCCGAUCGUCGAUACCGUCGUUGCUAGUUGGAUGAACCGUGUGCAGCAUGCUACCGGUCAAUAGGGCCAAGCCGGAGGAAACAUGUCCGAUAACGAGCUCGACCGGACGCUCGUACCCCAGGAGCAGUCGCUUGACUCUGUUCCCUAUUCGACUCCGCCGCUGGUACCAGCAGGCGCCGGAACCGGGCCCGAUUCGUCCAUCUCGACCAUCGUUCCACCCCAGCCCCGUCACCACCGACUGGAUCGGUCGGACGGUACGGAAACGGCGGGUCUGGUGGCGGCGACGGCGGAGACGGUGGCGAUAUCAGGGUUCGUGCAACCGCUUUCCGCACCGCAGCAUCGGUUGCAGCUGUUCCGAUAUCCUAACGCAUUCGCCCGACAUCACCACCCGCCCACCACAAUCAACAAGAAUGAGCCUAAGCGCGCCUGUACAUCGCUACCGCUCUAUCUCAGCAAGGUGAGUGUACUGGAUGUAUUCGAGGUGCUGGAAGACGACCGCUCGCGGAGUGACCUGUGCUCACUUGUUCCGCGACCUGGUAUGGAGUAUGUGCCAUUGAGGACUCCAGCUGCCGAGACGUAUCACUACCAUCACGUCACCGAUCAAACAAAGUCACUACAGGAUUUGCAGAAUGAAGUCGCCGCUUUACUGGAGUUCCGUGAUCUGGUUAUUGAAACCUUUCCCGAUCUUAAAUCGAAGAUGGCUUCCUCAGCGGCGAACAGUACCCUUACCGGUCUACCAUCGACCUCAUCCCUGGGGAGCCGGCGUGAGUGGGAGCCGGGAAUACGAAUUCGGCGCAAACUAACGCAGAAGGAAGUGGGCUGUGGAGAUGUUGUUGGCGGCAGUAGUAUAGGCAAUGGUGGUAAUACCAGCAGCACGACGAUCAUUCCCGGUGCCGGUGACGGUGGCCCAUCGACGAGCGCCGGCAGCGGCAGUGCGGUUACCUCGAACAACUCCAACACCUCUGCCAGCAGCAAUACCAAUGCGUCCGAUCUGAACCAUCAUCAUCAUGCGCAUCAUCAACAGCAACAUUCGUCGUCCUCGCUGAUCCGCAGCCGUAGCAACUCCCAUAGCGGUAAGAAGGAACCAAAGAGCGGUGAAGGCAAUAACGGCAGUGUGAUACAGGAUUCGGGUUUCUCCAAUGAAACGUCCUCCUCGAAGGAGACGCACAGUGCGGCAUCCUCCACGAGCGGUGCUGUGCAGGGUACGCUCAUCUUGCCGACGGCAACCAAUCGUUUGAGUGCGGAAGCCGGCGGUGAACUGUGGAAUCUGCUCGAUGUGAUACAUAGGAAAAGUAGCCGACUCCGGGAGGAGGUCGACCAGCAUCUGGAGCGGGAGAGACCUAGGGCAACCAAUUUAGCUAUUAGUCAUCAUGCACCGGUCCACCAUCAUCCGCAGCAUUUUCCACAGGGUGCUGGAACCGGUGACAACAAUAUCAUCAUACACCAUAGCAAUCCGGCAGCGGUCCCGGCAGUGGCCACGGCCGGUGCAACCACGCUGGUGGCGAACGUGCCGAUCGCGCCGGUUACAACCACCAGCACCACCACGACCGUAGUGGUAUCGGCCGGUCUGCCAACUGCUGGCAAAACCUUCCAGAGACCGCAUCAUCUGACAGAUGGGGAGCAGAAUCGGCAGCAGCAACAGGGUGUUCGGUCGGGGAGUGAUAUGCUAGCCGACGGUACCGAUCACAAUGUACAAAUACUGCGUAAGGAGCGCGACCGUUUGCUGGACAAGCUGUCCGAGUACGAGGCAGAGAUGAUAGCCGGCCGUAUCCAGACGGCCAAAAUGCAGGACGAGGUGGAAAAGCUCACGCUAACGAUGCGCGAUCUGCAGAAGCAGCUCACGGUGGCAAACAAUCAAAAGCAGGAGCUUAACAGCAAGCUACAUGAUCUCGCAAAUACGCAAAAUGUAAAUAGAAGUGCGUCUAGUUCACCCGAGACAAUUAAAGUUCGGCAGCAGCCGACGGUAUCGCAACAGCAGCAAACGUCACCGCAGCUGCUGAAGACCGGCGCACGGUACCGGAAAGGUUCGUUCGGGCAGGAUGAUACCGAAGUGUCCGGGCCGGAACCACUGUACCCAAUGAUUACGGGUGCCGCCGACGCACUGAAGGAUGGUGCUGUGAUUGAUCCGCGGGCGAUCUCCUGGUUGGAUGGGUUCCUCGGUGCGCCCUGGGUGCAGAGGGUGCGCUCGCUCGACUCGCAGAAAAUUGCCGCCAUUCUGCUCGAGACAAAUAUUGUCGGGCUGCAGCGUCACUUGCUGACGGUGACCGUACAGAAUCAGAUAUUACAGCAACGGUUGGAUCAGGCGACAGGAUCGCGCACUUUCCUGCAGGAAAAGCUAGAAAAGUCGAAGGAAGAUGUGGACGAUUUACGGUUUCAGCUGAAAGAGAAAUCAAUCGAACUCGAAGGUACAAAGGCUCAGCUGCGUGUGAUCGAGUCGAAGACGUCGAGCAAGUCCGUACCAUCGUCGGCUGUCGGUAGCCCGGAACGGGUGAUUGGUCAGCAUCCGCCAUCAUCACCACCGCCGCCAGUAUCUACCAUGGUAGGUUCGACCAGCGCCCAUCUCCAUCACCAUCAUCAGCAUCUGGCGCAGCUAGCGAUGCGACUGCAAUCAUCGCAGGUAUCGACGCCCUCUAUGAAGGCGAUGACACCGGUCGUAAUGGAUGAUAUCGCACAGCAUCAGCAACACAGCAGCAGUACCGAGUCGACGCAGGACCAUCCCGAGCGGGACAGUAUAGGUAUUGCGGGUCGUUUGCUACACCAAAAUCCUCAGCAGCAGUCGCAUCCACAUCACUACCAGCUGCAGCAGCAGCAGCAGCAGCACCAACAACAACAGCAGCAGCCCCCAGAGACGCCCCGCCGUCGGCCAUCCAAGAUACCGUUGCCGGGAACGAAGGGUUCGGUUGCACCGAAACCACCAACGGGGCGCAAUUUUUCCGUCACUCCCACGCCAACCACACCGACGGCACCGGUCCAGCGCCCGCUCGGUGGUGGCGCAUCGUCCGGACCUCCGUCGAACCGUAGCCUAACGAAAAGCACCGGCAGCCUGUACGUGAAGUCGUCCGAUGCGAACUCGUUCGGUCAGCAGCCGUCGCAACAGCCGGCUCACCAACCACCGCAACCGAUGGCACGCACGCGCGAUACAACCAGUACCAGCAGCGGCAGCCUGUACCGGGCCGAUUCCGCACUCAGUUGGCGUACCAGCAAGGACACACCGUCGCUGGAAAAGUCACGCUCCUCCUCGAUACCGGUGUCGGCCGGCGGCAAGGUUGCAACCGUUGGGGCACCACCACCAUCACCGUCCGCAUCCAGUACGAAGGCGUCGAUUUUGAUCUACGGUGGGGCCGUCUGUUCUUCGCCGCAACCACGCGCCAAGCGCGACAACCUCACCAGCAAGGUAAAGAACUGUGAUUCGCUGUCCCGGUUGCAAUCGGCCCAGGUGUCAACGCACGGGGCGACCGCCGGCCAGCUGAGCAAGUCCGGCUUCCGAAAGGAGCUUAGUUCCAGCCCGGGCAACACCGGCAUGAGUAGCGGCGAGCGCAAGGCAAGUAUUGGCGGUGGAGGUGGCGGCGUACUGCGGCACGCCUCGACCACCUCGAUCGGAUCCACCGGACAAUCGGACGAGUCGGCAUCAACGACCGUAGCGGCGGCAACCGGCAGCACUACUGCAACCGGCAACAGCAGCAACGUCAAGGCACCACGAAGAAACAACACAUUCCGAUUGGCGAAACCAACGCUAUCGCCGUUGACUGACCUGGAUCAUCCACCAACCAUGGGGAUCGUGUCACCGCCACCUCUACCAGGUAUAGCACCCUCGCCGGACACGUAUGCGUCAUCGCUCAAGGCUGUCGGGCGGGUACGGUCGCAGACGGCCACCGGCAGUGCCACACAGAGAACGCCCAGCAGCGGUGACAACAGCAGUACCGUGCGUCCAUCCUGCUCUACCUCAGCGCUGUGCGAUGAUACCGGGCCGCGGGAUCUCAUUGGCGAGUACCUGGCGGCGAAGAAUCGUGCCGCCUCCACGUACCAACAGCCUGCGGUACCACCGCCCAUAUUUCACGUCAGUCCCGACCGGCAGCAUCUGCUCGUGCUGCAGGAUCAGGAGCAGCGGCAGAUCGACGAGCUGGCCUACAAACAUCCGAUCCUGCUGAUGGACGAAGAUGACGAAGGGGACGAGCGGGAACAGCAGUCGGAGCAGCGGGAAGCUAUCGAAACCAGUGAGGAAAGGAACGUUGGUGGUGAGGAAUCGUUGAUAAUCCCACGACCGAAAAUGAACGCGUUCCAGUCGGCAAAGGAGCAGAACGAUGAUGGGCCAACGGGUUGUCGGCUCGUCGGCAAGGUUAACCCGAACAUACUGAAAACCUGGGAGCAGCUGUUCGGUGGCACGGGUAGUGUAUGUGCCCAUCAACGCCAACCGGAGCGAACACGCGCGGAUGUGGAUGGGGAGCACAGUACGACCGUGACCGGUACGACAACUGUGACCAGGACAACCACGUCCGGCGGAAGCCUCGUACUGACCAGCAACGUUACGUCGGAGGCGGGCAGCGAAGCAGAUGAUCGACAAAGCUGCAUGCUGUACUGUCCCCAGCGGCAACCGUACCCCUACACGCUCGGGGAAGAGUUGUACGAGUUUAAGGUGAACCGGUUGCAGCAUCCACCGGAACAGCAACCAUCAUCGUCCCGACACGCACCACCGUCCCAGGUAUCGUCCUCUACAACGAUCUGCACCACUGCGACGGCACGCAACUCAUCUGAUGGUGCCGAUUUUUACGAUAGCAUUGAUGCGGUCAGUACCUGCGUAUCGCAGGCAGCACUGGACACCUGUGCUGUUGGUGAGCAGCAGGACGAGCACGGUGACCUCGGUAGCUACGGUGAUGCGGCCGGUGGUGAAGCGUUGGCUGAGCUAACUUCGCUCGAUCGGAAGCGACUGCUUUGGUCGAUUGCGAUCGAUUAGCCCCCAUAGCGGCGUCGCACGAAAGCAGGAAGAGUUGGAGUGGUUUUAUCAGUAUUUUUCGAUCAGAAACGAAAGAGAAAUUUUCUGUAACGAAGAGGGUUUAGUAUUCUUUGGCACGGUGUACCGGUUGUAAGAUAACGAUUUUUGAAGAAAGAUAGAGAGAGAGUGAGAAAGGAGAGAGAGAGAGAGAGAAAGAGAAAGAGAAAGAGAGAAUAUAGUAGUAGCACCUAACGCCUAGGAGGGCUUUUUUGUCGUUUAGAUUGUAAAUUAAAUUGGUGUUAUUGUUCCAUCUUUACCUGGGUUUAUUCGUUUGGUAGAUGUUACAUUGCUCUCUGGGUGUAGCAGUGUCCUACACAAUCUAGUCAGCGCUGCGCUUAGUCCGUUUCGUUCCAUCGCACUCACAUACACACACGCAUACGCAGAUUAUCGAUCAGUUAUAAGAUAAUCAGUAGAACGUUAUACCUUGAGAAUAUUGGUUGUUUGAUGCUGCAGUUGGCCAAAACUCGUCCGCCUUUUUUGCACUGACGUAGUAAUAAUGCUGUUAAGUGAUGUGAUAACUUUUCCGGUAGUGAUCAUAUUGUUAGUUUAUCGAUCAAGCAUGCCUGUUAAUAUCGACGGAGGAAAUCAGAUACGCAGCAGAACACUUUUCGACAGCCAUUUUCCAGUUUCAACUGCAACCGCAGAUAAAAUGCAAACACACACACACACACACGAAAUCAAUCAAGACUGGCAUGUCUUGCACUGAUGUUCUUUUUUUUUUGUACGUAUGCCGUAUUCACAUUCCACAAGGAUUGAUCGAUUGAUCGAAAAGUAUAUGUAGCACGUGAGCUCACUUUGGGGUACAGGAAGAGAGAACAAUGUCAAAGCAACGGAAAGGUUUACACUUAUUACAGCUACUUUGCAGCAACUCAUGAAUCAGAAUGCUAUGAACGCUAACUUUAUGCAAAACAACUUCAGUAGGUCGUCCUAUGUUUAGUUUCCCUGAUCCGAGACAAGUGACAAAACAAAUCAAUGGUGCAAAAUCUCCAAACAAACAUAAUGAUAUUAAUGAGUGUAGAGUAAGAAGAUUAACACUAUGCUUACUUUCCAUUUCUUUUUCCCCAAUCUCCUUUCAACGCAAUAGAAAAGCUUCCACGGGUAGAACACAAUUGAAUUGUAAAAGUGUGUUUUUUUGUUAUGCAAAGUAUUAUGUUUUUUCAAAUGAUUUUUUUCUUGAUUAGAAUUGUGUGCGUAUGGUCUAUGUUUUACUAUUCUCUGCAUGGUUUUUUUUUUAUCUUAUUCAGAUUUUUAUUUUUCAAUUGGGUUUUCUUUUUACACACACUUUAUACAAAGCAUAGAUCUUACUCGUCGUUUUCUUUGUUGUAAAAAUCGAUGCGCAUGUUUAUUUUUGCAGCACAAGAUAUACCAUCACACAAACAUAUUUUCGUUACACCUUUUUUUCCAAAAGCAAAUUGUUAGGGAUGAAUAAAUAGAUUGCCCAGAGCGAGAAAUAGAGAGAGAAUGUGAAGGAUGUGAAGAAAAUAAUGGCCAAGACAAAUUUCUUUUUUAAUACCAAACGAUUGUUAUGAAAAGAGGUGUGUCAAAGUGGGAUAAUCAAGUUUUGAAGUACUGGCAAGACAAAAACCAGCAAAUGAUGAUGGAGGGGAAGGAGGAAACAAGCAAUGCAGUCAAAACAAAGCGAAAACCUAUUACAAGUAGUUUUGGUAAAGCGCUAAUUAUCAAAUUAUUGAAUGUGCAAGAACAGGCGGGUAAAAAUCUUAAUUUAUAGGGUUUAGAUUAAGCAGGAACAGUAAAAUAACAACAACAACAACAAAAAAACGCACGUGAUAUAGGAAACGUUUAUGGAAUGGAACGCAUUACUACAAAACAGUAUCGUAGUAAUGCAUCCCGGUGGCUAUAAAAGGGUAUAUAUAAAUACGUAGGGACUUCCUGUCGGGAUAGACAAAUGUCCACAUACUACGUCUACACAAACACAAACACACAUUAAUUUCUCGUUCUGUAAAUAGAUUUACAUAAAGGAACCGAUCUUAUCUCAGCAGUGCAGCAAUAUACAGAGAUGUAACGAACUUGUGAAACGGAAGUGAUUUCGUCCGAAGCAAAACGGAACAAUGAAGUCAAGUUGAGUGGAGAUGUCAAGUAGUAGACACGCGAUUAGCAGUGUUGUUUUUUUAUGGAACAAAAGAAAACGAUGAAGAAACUUAUCAUACAAUGGAAAAAAAAAACAAGAUGGUAAAACUCAUGUAGCACAGUAGUGAAUGCGAAAAAGGUGAAAAUAUCUAAUCAGAACAGAAAAGUCGUGAAAUGAAAAAGAGAGAACGAAACAGUAGCAAAUGAUAGUUGCAACAACUUGAGGCUUACGGAUAACUGUGGCGCAACUACUGUUACUACUACUACUACUACUACUACGGACUACUAAACUACCAUCCUACUACUAUCAUACUACAAUGCUGCUCCCCCUGUUGAUAACACUCCUCCGUGCAACAUUAGGAUGAGCCAUCCGCUCUCCACCCUUUUUACCCACACAAACACACACCACAACGGACAUAAAUCUGCGUAUGCGUGUGUGUGUAUGUGUGAAAAAGGGUUAAACACUAUAUUCGGAAUCAAACAUACAAAAGAAAAUGGGAUUGUUAGGAGCAUUAAGCAAUGGUGGGGUGUUGUUGCAAUUUUCGCGUGCGAACACGCGACAAAGGGGGAGGAUAAUAACACUGGAAACGAAUUGAUGAUUAGUAACCAUGAUUAUUACGGAUUAUGAUUAUUAUUACUACUAGCAGUAAACGGCUAUUGCGAUUAUUAUUAUUAUUAAUUAUUAUUAUUAUGACUAUCGGCGAGCUAUUAUCAUAAUUGUCAGUGCAUAUGAUAGUGGUGGUGAUGAUGAUGAUUAUUAUAUUAUAAUUAUUACAAACCGAAACUACUUGCGAGAAAACAAUGGCAAAAACGAGCAAUUUCAACUACCGCGGGGGUUGGGGAAUUGGUAGAAGAGUGUAAACAAAAAGGCCCCCCCGUAAGAGGAGGUUUUUUUUUUUGAAAAGGAUGCGUACCUCUGGAAGAUGAUAAAUAGCAAAAAAAAGAGGUGAAAGAUGGGGGAAAAGGAAAAGCAGGAAGGCAAGAGGCCCGCGAGCAACACGCGAACGAUGGGGAAAACACUCGCAGUAAACUGCAUCCAUGUUGAAAAAUUCUAGUUAUAUAUUUGAAAAUUUCAAAUUACAGUUGUGUAUUUCAAAGAAUUAAAUCGAAAAGCAUUGAAAUGAACGAAAGUCGAAAUAAAAAGAAAAUAAAAUU